AUGCCGAGAGAUUCCUUCCCCCCAUCGAGAGCUAGGGUGGAUAGGAAACUCCCACAUUUCGACCUAACGAAUCUCCUGGAAGAGCAUGUAUACCUCCCGAUCAUGGCCAUCGAUCUCCUGGUAGUAUUCGACCACCAGGGCAUAUGCGACGAGCGCAACGACCUCUCCGUACCCCGGCCAUACAAACAAAGGUUUGCAAAGGACCCACCACGCGCAAACCAUUUUGCGAUCUGGUUUACCUUUGACAAGGAGUACGUCGGCAUAGAUAUCGUGCAGGAGAACGUCCCCGUGGAUGCAUAUUUGAACCCGGAGCCAGAAAAAGAGUCGGCGAGGGGUGUCGUCCGCAUCGCGUCGAAGAAAAGCCCGACCGAGGAUAAUAUAGGCUGCGUCAUGAGAGAUCCGCGACCCAUGCGCCCCAUUACAAUUGAUUCGAUCAUUCGUCUGAUUAGUUCUCGGGGAUUGCAUAAAUAUCUGUUCCGGCCAGUGCAUAAGCAACAAGCGGGGUGCCGGUAUUGGAUGUCGCGAUUUGCUAGGGUGCUUGAGGAAGAGGGCAUUUGCAGCCAGGGAUUCCAGAUGCAAGUCGACUAUUUUCUAGGCUAUUACCAUAAUCGUCCGCAGGUCAAGACUGCAGGUGGGAGAUAUAAAGACGGUGGUUCUUGGGGGCCUAGGUUGGAUAUGGAAUGCGCGAGGAUUAUUCCUGGUGAAUUCUACUAUGAGCAGGGUAAAAACUUGGAGGAACACCCAGAAAAGGGGCAGGACUACCGUUAG